AUGCCCGCGGCGGAGGCGUCGGAGGGCAAGACCGGCGGUGAUGGGGCGCCGGUGGCCAACGACCGCAUCUCGGUGGUCUCCGCGGACGGGCACGAGACUUUGCCCUCGGCCCGCAAGAACCGCCGAGGGAGCAGCGACGACGGCGCCAAGAGUCCCAAGAGUGCUACCAGCCGACGGCGGAGCUGCGAUUCCACUGCAAGCGGCCGGGGGAAGGGCCUGGCUUACGGCGACCAGACCUUGCAGGAGAAUGAAGGAUCUGCGCGAUCUGAAGGCGGCGCGCGAGAAGCGCGAGCAGGACCGAGCUUGUCAGAAAACACAUCGAGAACCAGAAGGACGCAUGGCGGGGGAGCAUUCGGAAUUCGCAAGCUCUCCGGGAACUGGCGCAGUUAA